AUGUCAUCUCUGCUGCACGAUAGAGGCGAUUCGAAACAAGGCCAUGAUCAGGGGCCCUAUCGUAUCGAUUCUACGCACUUGGCGAUGCCAUUCAGCAAGCCUGUUGCUCGCCUCCUUUCCGCAGCCGCUUUGGGAAUGGAGUCUGGGGAAACGCCCGUUUAUUCUACUGGAACGUGCGGAGACUAUCAUCUGUCUAGGGAUGGUUGCCCCCUACUGGGUCCGGUCCUUGGUGAUGCGCUGCAUUGA